UGCUAGGGGAGCGGCUUCGACAACAGAGUAAGAAAUAAUAACAGCAAUAGUAAUAACAAAUAGCGGCCUCACCUAUGGCUUCAUCAACGGCGCAGAUGGCGAUGGAGGCGGCAUCUGUGCAAGAUGCCAUCGCUGCCGCCAUGCCUGGAGAGGAAGGAGCUGCGCUGGAGAUUGUGUGGAUGCACAAGCAACAGAUGGAAGAGAUUCAUACUGCGCUUGUUCAACAUAGGCCCAAUCUACCAGCAGAUCUUCUCGAGGAGGGUGAGGAGUUGGUUAGUGGUUGGGACGUGGAGCUCCAUGCAGAUCUUUCGUCUCAACGGCCGGGGCUCUUACGGCGAACUGGAGGAGAUGCGAGUAUGAUCGACAGUCAUCUCAACACCAACUUCAGCACAGAGAGCAACGACAUCGCCGGCGAUGAUAAUCAUAAUAUCAAUAGGCAUAACAAUGAUGACGACAAUAAUGGUAACAAUUACUUCGAAGUGAGCAAUAUUGUUGCCGAUGACAAUAACAACAACAUCAAUAUCAGCAAGGAGGGGCAGAAGCUUCACGGCACGUCGCAGGAUCAGUCGUAUGACGCUGAUAACGCUUGUGUUUCAGCCACUCUCGUUAUUGAGGAGGCUGUAACUUCCCGCGAGGAGCUUGAGGAGGGGCAGGUUUCUUGCGGCGAAUCGGAGAUUUUGCCCAAUGAGGAAGGAGGGAAUGGUUUUCGAGGAGGACGGAGAAAGUUGGUCGGCAUCAAGCUCGGUUUGGGAGUCUUGUUAGGGUGUUGUGCUUUGACGAUAGGCAGUUGCAUGAUGUUCUGGUACGAAUGGGUGGCUGACAAGCUCGUUACAAUGAGCAGUCUGACGACUCCCGCAAGCGGCACACUUGCAUCGAAGUCCUCGUUUCCGGACAGCUUCAUCUUUGGAGUGGCAACGUCAGCCUUCCUGGUGGAAGGAGGGCGGCAGGGAGAGGAUGGCAAAGGGAUGAGCAUAUGGGACAGGUGGGACUCCUUCUCCAGAGUACCUCAGGGACGCUCACUCAGCAAUCAGGAUCAUGGCGGCGGCACCCCUCUUCUUCUUCCCACCCCCGAUCAUUACAGCCGAUACAAGGAGGAUGUGGCACUUAUGUCCGACAUGGGAGUAUCAGCCUACCGCUUCUCGAUCUCGUGGUCUCGAGUGUUCCCCGACGGGACCGGUCGGAUGAACGAUGCAGGGAUCGACUUUUACAGCAAACUUGUAGACGAGUUGAUUGCUCAGGGAAUCGAUCCCUACGUCACUCUGUUCGAUUGGGACAUGCCGGCCCGGCUGCAUGACGUUUACGACGGCUGGCUGGAUGACAGAAUGAUCGAGGACUUCGCCGUCUUUGCGCAGACCUGUUUUGCGGCAUUAGGAGAUCGUGUGAAAGCCUGGAUUACUUUUGACCAGCCGGUGUUGUUCGCUGCUCUCGGUUAUGGGAUUGGAACCCACCCCCCUGGGCGUUGCUCCGAUCGCUCUCGCUGCGGGGAAGGCAAGUCGUCGAUCGAACCGUACAUAGUGAUACACAACAUCUUGAGGGCUCACGGCGCCGUUGUCACCCUGUACCGGUCCAACUUCCAGCACCACCAAGGAGGAAGAAUAGGCAUAUAUCUCGGUGCGCUAUGGGCAGAGCCGAUGUCUGUGGAAACACCACAUGAUGCAGCAGCUGCAGAUCGAUACCUGGCGUUCACGUUCGGGUGGUUGAUGGAUGUACUUGCACACGGAGAUUAUCCCGAUCAGAUGAGACGACAGCUUUCGAACCGACUGCCAACCUUCACCCCCGAAGAGAAGAACCAACUGCUACACUCCUUCGACUUCCUCGGGAUCACCUACCUGGCUUCCGGCAACAUAGAGAGCUGGUCGCGAUCCCGAUCUACCCUAGCAGACAGUGGCAUCAAUCCGACGGUGCUGCACUGCAGAGCCGUGAAGAAGGACGACGAUGCGCCGGGGAUAUGCAGCAGCCUGCACUUCCACCUGCUCACAGUCCUGCUUCGCACAAAGGAGACUGACAUCGUGCCCGACCCCCUUGGACGACCCCCCAGGUUCCUCCUCACUGCUGCCCCUUCGGGCCUUCAUAAGCUACUCGUUUGGGUCAAGGAUCGCUACAGCUCCCCUGCCAUCUACGUCACCGUCGGUGUGACUGGGGAGGAGCAUUCCUCCUCCUCGUCGCAGCAAAGUGCAGCGAGAACGCAAUUGGCAGAAGAGAGAGCCUCUCUCUGGGACAUUAAACGGGUGCAAUUUUUUGACAACGUCCUCAUGAGUGCGGCAGAGGCGUUUAGAGAUGGAGUAGACAUCCGAGGGGUGUUCGCUUGGUCGCUUCUCGACAUAUCUGAGCAAGUGCAUGGAUUUGGAUGUCGCUCAGGACUGCACCACAUCUACUUCGAACACAAUGAUCGACGCCGAGUACCUAAGCUGUCUGCUAAGUGGUGGGGGCAGUUCCUUCGAGGAGAAAACUCCCCGUCUUCACCUAAAUAGAACGCCCAAUUAAAAAAAAGAAGAAAAAAAAAAGAACGGGCCGGUCAUGGAUUCAAUAUUGUCGGAUAAUAUUCGUUGCAGCUUUUGCUC